AUGGGUCGUCCAAAACGCAAAUCAAUUUCGUUAACUUCGGAGCCGAACAUGUUAUUACGUUCGCGUGCUGCCCGUGAUAUGACGUUACGAAAAAUUCGGAUGUUAGACACGUUGGCACAAGAGUCGCGAACGGAAGUUGAAAAACAUUCUACAUUUUUGGCACGUUACUUAUCACUCGAAAAAUAUGUUAAUCAAUUCGAGGUGCAGCAACAAGAAGUGUUGAAUAUUAUGUUAGAUUCAGGGUUACAGGACGACUUUAAUGACACAGAUUUGCUACUCACGGACGAGGUGGAGGAAUUAGUUGGACGUAUUCGUAUGGUUUUUGAAACAAUUCGACCAACGUCAGGUGUAACAAAGCAAAUGCCGCGUCAAGAGAGUGGAGCUCUUUCGGGUAGCAACAUAGUACUGCCUAAAAUUGAGUUGCCAAAAUUUGAUGGCGACGUAGUCCAAUGGUGCUCGUUUCGUGAUAUAUUUUGUUCACUUGUGCAUAACAACCAGCACUAUUCGGACAUCGAGCGAUUUCAUGUGUUAAGAUCAUCAUUAGUGGGUCCGGCCUUGGCAAUAAUCAAGUCUAUUCCACUAACGGCUAGCAAUUACAACAUUGCGUGGAAUGCGCUGCAUAAAUCGUUUGAAAAUAAUCGAUUAUUAGCGACGGCGCAUAUUGAUCGGUUAUUUGCGUUCUCCCCUCUCAAAAAGGAGUCUACGGCGGCUCUCGCUACCUUUGUCAAUACGUUUCGCGAGAACGUCGCCGCUAUCAAGGCGUUAGGCAUAGACGAUAUUUCUGGGUUUCUAUUAUUUUAUAUUG